ACGACACGUGCACGCGCAGUGGCUGUUUGCCGCCAGUCAGCUUGUCGUUUAUAACCGCUGCACGCGCCUGGUGACUGACUAGUAUUAGUUGAAACGAUCACGUUUUGGAUUAAUACAGUUGUGUUUUUUAGGUUUGUGUGGAUUCGUUCUAAACGCCUGGGGGUUGCAACUGUAGCCGGAGCAGACGGUAGAUCCGGGUUUUAGCUCUCGUUUGUGGAGUCAGGAUUGUGAAGCUCUGUAGGCCGCAGUGUCUAAGAUCAACAACAACAACAUGGCCGAUGAUUUGGACAUCGAAGCAAUGCUCGAGGCUCCAUAUAAAAAGACUUGCCUAUAUCUCACCUCUACUCCCAUGAAUUCCAGUGUGAACUGUCAAAAAAAUGAAGGGCGAGAUGUGUGACUGAGGUGGCAUCGAGCUCUUUCAAUCCACGAAGGCAAAUGGGGUGAAGAUCACUGGAAUGGCAUCCACCACUGGAGCUCGUUUAGUGGCUGGCUGCUAGCGUUGCCACUUUGGGUCUUAGGCUCAGAUAGCCUUGGAUGACAACAAGUCCAUAAGUACCAAUGGCCACGAGGAGCGGAGCAAGAAGAAAAAGAAGAGCAAGAGUCGCAGCAAGAGUCGGGAGAGGAAGAGAAGCAGGAGUCGCGAUCGCAAGAAGAGUCACGACCACAGGAGGAGCCGCAGCAGAGAGCGGAAGCGCAGCCGCAGCAGGGAGAGACGCCGCAGCCGUUCCAGGAGCAGGGAGCGUGGCGGUCGCUACAGAGCUCCAUUUUCUGGCCUGAAAUUUAACGGUGGUCCCAGGGGGAAGACUGGCCCACCACCUGUCAUCAAACUAAGCCGUAGAAGGUCUAGAAGCCGCAGUCCUUUCAAGAAAGACAAAAGCCCUAUAAGACAGCCUAUUGAUAAUCUCACCCCUGAGGAAAGGGAUGCACGCACAGUGUUCUGCAUGCAGCUGGCAGCUAGAAUCCGACCACGAGACCUGGAGGAAUUCUUUUCUGCAGUGGGAAAAGUGCGAGAUGUGCGAAUCAUCUCUGACAGAAACUCCAGAAGAUCCAAAGGAAUUGCUUACAUUGAGUUUGUAGAUGCCACCUCUGUACCUUUGGCAAUAGGCCUAUCCGGUCAAAGACUUCUCGGAGUACCAAUCAUUGUCCAGGCUUCACAGGCUGAGAAGAACAGAGCAGCUGCAUUGGCAAACAACUUACAGAAGGGCAGUUCAGGACCUAUGAGACUGUAUGUUGGCUCAUUACAUUUCAACAUCACAGAAGACAUGCUCAGAGGCAUCUUUGAACCAUUUGGAAGGAUUGAUAGUAUUCAACUGAUGAUGGACAGUGAAACCGGACGAUCUAAAGGAUAUGGCUUUAUCACGUUUGCUGAUGCCGAAUGUGCUAAGAAGGCUCUGGAACAGCUUAAUGGCUUUGAGUUGGCUGGCAGACCAAUGAAAGUGGGACAUGUGACGGAACGCACUGAUGCCUCCACCGCCAGCUCCUUCCUGGACAAUGACGAGCUGGAGAGGACAGGUAUUGAUCUGGGAACUACUGGAAGACUUCAACUCAUGGCCAGACUGGCCGAAGGUACUGGUCUGCAGAUCCCACCUGCUGCACAACAGGCCCUUCAGAUGAGUGGCUCCAUGGUAGCCAUGGCUGCAGCUACUGCUGCUAUGAACCCUGGAUUAAGUUUUAACAUCAACGUGCCCACAAACCAAGCUUUGAAUCUACCAUCGCAACCAAUUGCAACACACUGUUUCCAGCUGUCUAACAUGUUCAAUCCAAACUCAGAAAAUGAUCCUGGUUGGGAAAUCGAAAUUCAGGAUGAUGUCAUUGAAGAGUGCAACAAACACGGUGGAGUCAUUCAUAUAUACGUGGACAAGAAAUCCGCUGAAGGUAAUGUCUAUGUGAAGUGUCCCACCAUUCCUGCUGCCAUGGCUGCAGUCAGUGCGUUACAUGGACGCUGGUUUGGAGGUAAAAUGAUCACAGCAGCUUAUGUCCCACUUCCUACAUACCACAACCUUUUCCCAGAGUCAGUGCAGGCUACACAGCUUCUUAUGCCCAGUCGCCGGUGAUCAAUCAUCCCUGGAAGACUCAACUUUUUCAGCCUUGCUCUUUUUAACUUUUGGACAACAAUAACAGUUCUGCAAGCUGUGUCACAAUUGUUUUGUUUCCUUUUAAGUUGGUUACAAAACCAGUAAGGUUAAAAUUUCACUUGCAUAGUGUCCUUACCGGCCUUGGACAUUGAGAGAAGUUCUGUGGUUUGAAAAAAAAGUUUCCUAUGUACAGCCUACUUACUGAAUUUUGUUUCUUUUAUUGUUCGUACAUAUUUUUUUCCCCUUCCACAUAUAUUGUCUUUGUGAUAUAUCUGAUUGGCUUGUUUCUCACUUGAGGAAGUGUACAAUAUUGCCAGAUACACAAUAUAAAAUAAGUCAUGAUUUAAUCUGCAGUUUUGAUCAAACAUCAACAUAUUCAGCUUUUUGGCUCUAUGAGCUGUGGGAACUAAAUGGCUGACAAAUAUCUUUUGUGUUCAUUUAGAGGCCAUAAGGUUUAGAAACAUCUUGUUUUUUCUAAUCAAGAUUUGAUUUUUGUAAAGUCCUUGAUGAAAGUUCAUUUCAAAUAAAGCCAAGAUAACUGAAAA